AUGGGUUUAGGAUUCCUUCCUUAUCUCUCUGUGUCGGUCAUGUCCAAUAACCUUCGAUUAGUGGUAGUCCCCAAGAAGGCGCUGGGUGAAUUACGUUUGAUUCACCAUCUAUCGUAUCCCAAAAGGUCUUCCAUCAACGAUGGGAUACCGGAUGCCCUGUGCUCGGUGCGCUACAUUUCAUUUGAUGAAGCGGUCCGAAUGAUCCGGGACCUCAGGUACCAGCAGCCAGGGGAUCUCAUCAUUGGUGGCAUAACUUCUCAGAUCUUCAUUCUCUCCAGUGAAAUAGACUUUGCUGAAGAACCCCAGAUGAUGUUGUCUACUGAGCCUCUGUUACUGGCUAAGAAUUAUCAACACAUUCUGUCCUUUGCAUUUGCAGUAAAGGAGAUCAAUGAAAACGCAAGGCUCUUACCCAAUAUUACUUUGGGUAUCCGCAUCUAUGACAGCUAUUUCAAUGCAAAGCAGACAUAUUAUUCCACGUUGCUACUUCUAUCCUCUUGGGAAAGAUUUGCCCCCAACUACCAAUGUGAUAUCAAGAAUAACUUGGCAGCAGUCAUUGCGGGACUGGACCCUCUAACCUCCUUUCAUGUAGCAACAGUCUUGGAUAUCUAUAAAAUUGCACAGGUCAUCUAUGGUCCUGCUCCAGUGAUGAAUGAUAAAACCCCGGGACUUAUCUUCUAUCAAAUGUUACCAGAUGAGGAAAAUCAGUAUCGAGGGAUUCUCUCUCUACUUCUCCACUUCAGCUGGACAUGGAUUGGAGUUGUUGUAAUGGAUAAUGAUAAUGGAGAAAGAUUUGUGCAAACAGUGUUCCCAUCAUUUUCCAAGGGUGGUGUUUGCUUUGAUUACAUAGAAAGGAUGCCCCAACUACCAUUUUUCUCUGAAAUAUGGAGCGCGUUGGAAAAGGGGGCAAAAAUAUAUGAUAGAAUUUUAGGUAGCAAAGCCAAUGUAGUAGUGGCAUAUGGAGAUUCUUAUUCUAUGGCAUUUUUUAGAUAUUUGUUAUAUGUAUCAGAAUUAGAAUUGACAAAAAAUGCACCAAAAGGUAAUGUGUGGAUAGGAACAGUUCAGUUGGAACCUACUUCAUUUGUUCUUCAAAGGACUUGGGAUAUACAAAUAUUCCAUGGUGCAAUUUCUUUCACAAUUCACUCCAGUGAUUUACCAGGAUUUUACCAAUUUGUUGAGAGAAUGAACCCUACCUCUGCUCAAUGGGAUGGUUUUAUCCAGGACUUCUGGGAGCAAGUUUUCAGUUGUGUAUUACAAAAGCCAGGAAUAGAUUUGUUGGAGGGGAAUACCUGCACAGGGGAAGAGAAGCUGGAGAGCCUUCCGGGGCCUAUAUUUGAAAUGAGAAUGGCUGUCCACAGCUACAGCAUCUACAAUGCUAUCUAUGCAGUGGCCCAUGCUAUCCAUUCCAUGUCCUCUUCUCAACUCAAACACAGAAUAAUGGCAGGAGAAGAGCGUCGGCACCUUCCAAAGCAACAGCGGUGGCAGCUUGAUCACCUCCUGAGAACUCUGUCAUUUAACAACUCUGCUGGGGACACAGUUUCCUUUGACCAGAAUGGUGAGAGAGUUGCUAGCUUUGAUGUGAUCAACUGGGUUAUGACCGCAAAUCAAUCCUUUCAUAGAGUGAAAGUUGGGCAGAUGGAUCCCCAAGCUCCUCCAGACCAAGCGUUCACUAUUAAUGAGGAUGACAUUGCAUGGCACAGAUAUUUUAAUCAGGUACGGCCUCUUUCUCUGUGCAGUGAGAGUUGCUAUCCUGGUUCCAGGAAGAGGGUGAAGGAAGGGGAGCCAUUUUGCUGCUAUGAUUGCAUCCCAUGUCCAGAAGGCAAGAUUUCAAACCAGAGAGACAUGAAUGACUGUCUUAAAUGCACAGAUGAAAAUUAUCCAAACAGAAAUCAAGAUUUUUGUAUUCCUAAGGAGAUCAGUUUCUUAUCUUAUGGAGAACCUUUGGGACUCGUAUUAGCCAGUUUUGCUCUUCUCUUUUCUUUUGUCACUGUUCUAGUGCUAGGAACAUUUAUGAAGCACCACAACACUCCAAUCGUCAAAGCCAACAACCGGAGCCUUACCUAUGCUCUCCUCAUCUCCCUCUUGUUUUGCUUCCUUUGUGCAUUGCUGUUCAUUGGUAUUCCUGAAAAGGUGACGUGCCUCCUACGACAAAUUACUUUUGUCAUCAUCUUCUCAGUGGCUGUUUCUUGUGUGCUGGCAAAAACCAUCACAGUGGUUCUGGCAUUCAUGGCCACCAAACCGGGUUCCAGGAUGAGGAAAUGGGUGGGGAAAGGACUGGCCAACUCCAUUGUGCUUUCCUGCUCCCUCAUUCAAUCAAGCAUUUGUGUUGUGUGGCUUGCAACCUCUCCCCCAUAUCCAGAUAUGGACAUGCACUCAAUGGUUGACAAAAUUAUACUUGAAUGUAAUGAGGGGUCUGUAAUCUUCCUUUACUUUGUCCUGGCCUAUAUGGGCUUCUUGUCCAUUGUCAGUUUGACUGUGGCUUUCUUUGCCAGGAAGCUACCUGACAGUUUCAAUGAAGCCAAGUUCAUCACUUUCAGCAUGCUGGUCUUUUGCAGUGUUUGGCUAUCCUUUGUUCCAACCUACCUGAGCACUAAGGGGAAAGACAUGGUAGCUGUGGAGAUCUUUUCUAUCUUAGUCUCCAGUGCUGGCCUGCUGGCUUGCAUCUUUUCUCCUAAGUGUUACAUUGUAUUGAUGAGGCCUGAGUUGAACAACAGAGAACAGCUCAUAAGAAGAAAGAGGAUGUAA